CCUAACUUUGGUACAGUGUAGAGUUCAGUUGACGCAGAUAAGUAACAGAGUAAACAACACUGUACAGAAGACCAAACAGCUGAACCAGCUCUAUUAAGACAAGAUGAAAAAGUUAUUUUUGAUGCUUUUUUUCUGUCAGUUUACAUCAGCAGUGAAACACACCCUGAGGUAUGCCGUUACUACAUUUUCUAGAGAGCAAGACUUCAUGUUUGUCGGUAUUUCAGUGGUUGAUGGCAUUGUGGCGGUUAACUGCGACAGCAUCAAACAGAAAGUGGAACCAAAACGGGACUGGAUGAAAAAAGCCUAUGAUGAAAAUCCUGAUCACUUGGAGUGGCACACCCAACAGUGUUAUUACCCCAACUUCUUCAAAACCACGAUACAUGAUUUGAAACAGCGCUUCAACCAAAGUAGAGGUGUCCACAUUCUCCAGACGAAUACUGGUUGUGAAUGGGAUGACGAGACUGGAGAGGUUACUGGUUUUAAUCAGUUUGGUUAUGAUGGAGAAGACUUAAUAUCAUUCGACCUGAAGACACUGACAUGGGUCGCUCCAAAAUCACAGGCUUACCACAUCAAAAUGAGAUGGGACGCUGACAAAACUAGAAUUCAAAGCACUGAAGACUACCUCAUGAAGACUUUCCCUGAGUGGCUGAAGAAGUAUGUGGCCUACAUGAACAGCUCUCUGCCGAGAACAGAGCCCUCAGUGUUUCUCCUCCAGAAGACGCCCUCCUCUCCAGUCAGCUGCCACGCUACAGGUUUCUUCCCUGACAGAGCCAUGAUGUUCUGGAGGAAAGAUGGAGAGGAGAUUCAUGAAGAUGUGGAACCUCCUGACAACGGCCCUGAGGUCUCUGAGAAACUGAAUCCAGACAACUGA